AAAAAAAAGAUUGAUUAUUGAUAUCAAUAAGUAAUAUAUAUGAAUAAGUCAUAUUGUAUGUGACAUAAAGUAUAUUUAUGGACUCGUGUGCACCAAAUUGUCGCAGAUAUCAGUUAUAAUAAUAAUAAUAAUAGUAGAGGAGCAGACAGGGACGAGAUAAAAUGGAAAUCCAGGUUGUACUGUUUCACAUCUCAAUGGAAAUAACCAGUAAGUUCUGUCUCAGUGUUGCAUUUCGCGGUUUAGAUUUUUAUUUAUUUUGUACUUUUCCAUCAGCCGAACGUAAGUAUCUCAAGUAAUCCUGUUAACGUUAUCCUUCUUAUUGUAUACGGAAUAAUUGUUGAAAUAUAUUAUUUGCUGAAACGACUGCACCGUUACUACGUGUAUGUGAAUGUUGCGUGCGGAUGAUAUUGCGUACGCGCCAAUUAUUACCUACGCUUUAAGUUUGUGAGAAAUAUAAUUAAAUAACAAAGAUCGCGAAUAGUGUCUCGAUGAUAUGUACGUUCCAAUUUAUACUAUUUAUUUAUUACUUUACGCAAAACACGUAUAUACACUAUACUUGGGAAAGAAACUUGGCGCUUUGUUCUGCCAACAGUCUGUCAAAAAGACAAUUCGACAAGACACAUGUUAUAUGCGUUAGUUACUAUUUAUGUACUAAAUAUGUAAUAAUUAAAUGGCAAAGAAUCAAAGAAGCAAGUCCUUUCGUCUCAUGAAGUUUCCAAUAUCAAUCAAUUAAAAUUCCUUUGAGAAAACAACUAUAAUAUAUAUUUACAAUGCAGCUAAAAAAAUAAAGAUAUAAAACGUGCAUUGUCGUUUUGUUUCGUGAGCCAUCUGUCUAGCAUAAAUAUAAAUAUAAUAUAAAUUAAUUUAUCUUACCCACAUUUAUUUUACAUCUUAAUUGAUUUAAUACUUUGAAUACCCAUGUUUAUUUUCUGGCUCAUAGAUAUGACAGUACAUGCAUUGUUACCUGUAUUAGAUGUAAAUCGAUUUGAAAAAUUGAAAAUCAAGUCGAAUUUUUUCACUGGCGUAGUAUCAAUGACGACUUUACCGACAGUAAGAUGGAUGCAGUUAUAGCGCUGCGAUCAGUUCAUCAAUGGGCCGUGAGCGUUUCAAGGUAAAUGUUCGAAUGGUUAUUCUCGGACUUCUCUCUGCUUUCACUUAUUUAACAAGCCACUCGAUUGCAAAAUGAUUGAACGGGAUGUGAGGCAGGAAUUGACAGAGAACGAACUAGACUGGUUUUGUGCCACUUUCGGCCAUUUUAUCUUAUCUUUCGAAAACAACAUUCCAUCAGUUAAUUGACUUCGAAGCGACGUAAUUAGGCGUCCCUCCUUUUGCAUGGAAAAGCUCUUUGUAAAAUAGCUGAAAUUUCACGUAAUUAAAAGUUAUUUCUACUCGACAGCACUAUUCGGUAUCGGAAAUCAAACUAAACAGAGUUAAAAUGGAAAUUCCCAUUUCGCGCUUUGUUGAGGAAAAAAAAAAUAAAAAAGUGGACGCAAUUAAUUGCAUAGUGUUUUUUUAAUUCCACUCUUUGCUAAUGCAUUCAGCGAGAUUGCAUUGUGUCGCUUUAUCGAGUGAUAAAAAUUUGUAUGCAAUACGAUUAACAGUUAUACUUUUGGCUCCGCUUAUGCAUUAUUGAAUAUAUUAAUAAGAAAGUAAAAUUUUUCAGAAUUGAUCAAAACAAUUGCGCCGUCGAAUCGUAUCCUGCAGGAUAUUCUCAUCCGCGCCCCGCACUCGCAGAGACGAGAUGAGACGAAAGUUCGCGCGUCCGUCGCUUGGAUGCUCGGCGACGAUUGAUCCAAGAUGACGGCGGCGCCCGGGCGCCAUCGCGUGGCAGUGUACCGCAAGCGGUCUCCGCGGAGAGUAGCGUGUGUGUGUGCGCGCGCGCGAUCUUGACGUUUUUCGCCUCGAUCAGCGGUUGCGUAUUCGGUACGUGAUGCCGGCGGCGCAUCUGACGCUGCGCGAGGAGGACGUGGUGCGACUGACUUUGGAGUUCCUCCACAGCCGCGACCUCCACAUCUCGCAGCUCUCGCUUGAGCGCGAGACCGGCGUGAUAAAUGGCCAGUACAGCGACGACGUGCUCUUCCUACGCCAGCUGAUCCUCGACGGACAAUGGGACGAUGUGCUCGAGUUCAUCCAGCCGCUGGAGGCGCUCCCGGACUUCGACAUGAGGAAGUUCACGUACUCGAUCUUGCGCCACAAGUACGUCGAGCUACUGUGCAUCAAAUCCGAGGCGAACGUCAUCGCCGCCGGGACGAACGGCAGCGUUGACAACGCGGUCGAGGAAGUGGUCAAGGUGCUGAGUGACCUUGAAAAAGUCGCACCCUCCAAGGAGGAAUACAGCAGCCUGUGCCUGUUGCUCACCCUGCCGCGGCUGACGGAUCAUCUGCAGUAUAAGGACUGGAACCCCAGCAAUGCCAGGGUGCAAUGUUUCCGCGAGGUACAUCCUCUGGUGGAAAAGUUCCUGCCGGGUGACAGGAAGGGCGUCGAUUCCGCGCAUCCGGUCACCUCGGCGAAAAAUGACCGGCUCAUUCAGCUCGUCAUCAAAGGCAUUUUGUAUGAGUCCUGCGUAAAUUACUGCCAAGCGAAAGCUACCGGCUCGAAAGAGAGCGAACAGGUCGAGAUGAGUUUUUCGAGGCUGCUAGAUGGGUCCGUAGGCUUCAGUGACUCGGACUUGAGCUUGCUCUCGUGGCUGCAAAGUAUACCACCCGAAACGUUUGCCGUACCUUUCGCGCAAAGAACUCUGAACGUCGACGUGGAACGCCUGGAGAGGCCGUCCUUGGAGACCUCGUGGACGGAGCACAUGCUGAUAACCCCGAUCAAGCCGAAAACCUUUCCGCACAGCGCCAUGCCGUUUACCAGGCCGAGAUCCGCCGCGGAUAUGAUGUCCCGCAGUUUAGUGCCGGCUCUGGAGGCCGGUCUCGGGCCGAGAAGUCCUGGAUCCAAGAACACAGCGAUACCAUCGGCGGCGCUCAUGGCGCUUUCGAUCGGCGACAUUAAUCCGAUGUCCAGGUCAUCGUUUGCUAGCUUCCACUUAACCGGCUUCAAGAACAACAAGCUGAUGAACACCAGUGUUGACAGGCUGUUUGAGAACGAGGGUGACGUCUUCCUUAGUUCGAAUUACGCCGAGUUCCAACAACUACCCUCGAUACAGGAGACCACGACGAACAAUCAACCCAAAGCGCCACCCAGAACGAGAGCGCACUCCAAGAGUCCGGAAGGCGUGGACGUGGACCCGUCAGUGACAUCCACGCCGGAGCGUAGAGUGGCUGGGAGGGAAUCGCCGUCACCCUCAACCGCCAGAAGUUCCAGGCGAGAUUCCUUGACAGAGAAGCCCACGGGGGUUGCGGCGAAAAUUACAGAAUCAGGCGCGACCCCGGUUAGAGCGAUGGCCGCUGGCGAUCAUCUCGAACAGAGUUACAACGGCGGUCUGUUCAAGGAAUACCAAAAGCAGAAGCAGCGGUUGCAGGAGACUAUCCAGCAGAAGGAAAGGGAAAGAGACGAAUUAGUCAGGCAGCUAGCGGCACCGUUACCCGUGCAAGUAGCCGAUAACAGACUCCAGGGAGAAGGGAUGAAGCAGCCUUUGGGCAGUAAAGGACCUUCACCCGUUCACACAAGUGCACCUGUCCGGUCUGGUAUCCAGUCACCCCAGCCUACGAUCAAUGGAUCGGAUCCUGUCGCGAGGCAAAAUUCGAUGCCAGGCGGCGUUUAUGAUUCAAGAGUGUCGGAGGGGCAUUAUGAUGUUAUCAAACCGAAGCAGGAGCCGAGACCGGAACUCGACAUCAGUAACGGAAGCAGCAACGGUGGCGCUGGCCGACCGCGAUUCGUUCCCGUCACCACCCUGGAGGACGUGCAGGCGGUACGCUGCGCCGAAUUCCACCCCCAUGGAAAACUGUACGCCGUAGGUUCGAACUCGAAGACACUUCGAAUAUGCGCCUACCCGAAGCUGCACGAUGUCAGGGAGGAUCAUCAGACGUAUCAACCAACUGUUCUCUUCAAGAGAACGAAGCACCACAAGGGCUCCAUAUAUUGCCUCGCGUGGACACCGGAUGGUCGGCUGAUGGCAACGGGAAGCAACGACAAGACCGUGAAACUAAUGCGCUUUAAUGCCGACACCUCUAAUCUUGAAGGACAAGAGGUAGAGUUGACCAUGCACGAUGGUACAGUGCGUGACUUGUGCUUCCUGGAGGACACGUCGAACAAGUCGAGUCUUCUGAUCAGCGGCGGUGCCGGCGACUGCAAGAUCUACGUUACCGAUUGUGCGACCGGUACACCUUUCCAGGCUCUGAGCGGCCACAGCGGACACGUGCUGACGCUUUACAAUUGGGGCGGUGCGAUGUUCGUGAGCGGAUCGCAGGAUAAAACAGUCAGAUUCUGGGACCUAAGAACGAGAGGCUGCGUCAACAUGGUUACACCUGCGACGGUACCUGGUAGCCGGCAUCUGAUCCCACUGCAGGUCGGCAGUCCCGUGGCCGCGUUAUGCGUGGACCCGUCUGGCCGGCUCUUGGUGUCUGGCCACGAGGAUAGCAGUUGCGUACUGUUCGAUAUUCGUGGCGGCAGGACGGUUCAGUGCUUCAAGCCUCACGCGGCAGACAUCAGAAGCAUACGAUUCUCACCGUCGGCGUAUUACUUGCUGACGGCAGGAUACGACAACAAAUUGGUGCUUACAGAUUUGCAAGGGGAUCUGACAAUGCCUCUACCUAGCGUCGUAGUCGCUCAGCAUCAGGACAAAGUAAUCUCCGGACGCUGGCAUCCAACGGAGUUCUCGUUCCUCAGUACUUCCGCUGACAAAACGGCGACUCUCUGGGCCUUACCGCCUGUUUAAUUAGCUAUCUGCACGAUAACGCGCGCACUGUUAUUUAUUGUUCUGUUUUUUUUUUUUAACAUAAUAUUCCGUUUCACGUAGCGUUAUCUGUAUAUGUUUAUUCGCACAUGCAGUGGUGGAUCGCGUAAAGGAUGUUACUCGAUUCCGAUUUCCAAAUAAUUUGAUAGCAUUACAACCGCAAAAAGGAUAGUUUUCGACGAUAUUAACGCAUUCUAACGCUUUUGUGUAUUUGCAUGUAGCUUAACCGUGAUCGAACUCCCUUAAAUCUUGCCUCCUACAAUCCAAUCUCCCUCUAUCUAAUUUCGAAAUAAAAUCUUCAUCUAUACACGACCGUGUCGUUAACGUGAUACUCGCAGCGUAAUGCAAUACAUGUGAGAUGUUUAGACGUUCAAACGAUUGUUAAAAAAUUAACACGCUUUCAAGACUCGGAUUAAGGGAGAAUGCAAAAGGAGAGUAACUGAACGAAAUCAAACUGGCAUCGAUAAAAAAAAAUCGUUUUUAGCUACGAAUUUGAUACCGGGAGUCACAAGACUGCGGAUAAAUUAUCCUCCGCUUCAAUGCCGCUUUACAGUCACAUGAAGUUGCAUCGUACAUGCAUUUUAAAUGUGUCUGCACAAACGAGAGUAAGCCUCCAUGUUUCUUUCCAUAAAUCACGCACGCAUACUUGGAUUCAUGAUCGCGCGACGUAAUCCCCCUUUCCCCCCUUUUCAUAUAAUUUUGUUAUUCUCAAAAAUAUGUCUAAUGUGUAAAUACGUUAAGUUAGUGAGUUAAGAAAUUUUCCAGAAUACAAUACCCGCGUUCCUGUACGAAGGACGUACUACUAACUUUUUUAACUCCAAAUGCUCUCUUACUUUCGCUCAGCAUCGCAUCGUUUCAUUACAUCGUUUCGUAACUUUUUUGUGUGUAGGUAAACGCACACCUGCGAGAAUUUCGUUGCUUGUUCGGUUAAGUUCAUUCUCGGUUGAUCGCACGCGAAAUGUGUUGCCGCAAUUGUUUAAUGCGCGCGCGCGCGCACUUAACUCACAAUAGACGACGCUCCUACUUUCCAUCUCCGUGUUAUCGACUUACAAGCCAAAUAUACACGCGCGUUCUAGUACAUAAGUAUAUGUAGCAUACAUCUUACACUCACUUUCUCUCUCUCUCUUUCUCGAGGAAAUUAUCCGCUCGUGUUAUCGCAUUAUUUUUUACGGACUAAGAUGCCCGUGUAGCACAGAGGCCUGCAGCAACAUUGCAGUAACGUUGCUGGAAGCUUCUGCGCUCCGUGUGUGUUUAAUAUAAAUCGAGAGAGUUUAUCCGAGCGUUAUCGAACAAUUGUGCGGCUCGCCACGUGACUAAGCUUGACGCGAAUCGAAGGAAGAUAGUAUUCUUUACAAUGUAGAGUCGUAAAGACUAACAACUAGAUCUAAGUUGCUUGUCGCAAUCGCCAAAGCUCGCGGUAGCAGCGAAACCGAAAGAGAAAUAGAGGAAACUACGCGUUAACAUCGCGCUGUUGAAAGCAAAUUUUUUUGUCACGUGACAACAUUUGACGAUUGGAUAUGGGAUGUAGCUUUUGUAAAUAUACGUUCAUCGACAACUACACUCGCCAACCCUUUGAUUUAAUCAUUAAUCUGUCGGGUAACGAUGUUCACAAAAUAUCAUAUCGUUGUUUGCAACAUCAUGUACUGUUUUCCCUAUCUUGACAUCGACGAAAGUUUUUAACAGCUAAUUUCACUUUAUCCUUAGCAUAUGUUUUCGCGCGUACGGACAAAUCAUAUCUUAAGAUCGCUCGAUCGGUGAUCUGUGAUCAGACGUAUUUGAGGGACGCAAGAAAGUGUAUAAGAGAUAUUAAAAGCAGAAUACCAUGGGAGAAAAGCUAGGAGGAGGAGUAGAGAAGUUAAUUACUUGGCCGCUUGCUAAGUAAAUUCGUGAUCCUCUCCAUUUGCAAAAUCGCAUGAAGUAAUUUAUUAAUAUAAAUAUUUAAUUCUUUUCUCUCUACGCAGAAUAUUUUUAUAAAAUUCUUGCUUUACUGUAUGUAUUUCUUACAUAUUAUUUGUUCUAGUACAUAUUUCAAGUUUGUAGAAUGGUUCAAACUUUCAUGAAUAAAACAACCAAAUAAUUAUAUGAGAGUUAAUAAAUUCGUGGAAACGAUAUUUUCUUUGUGUGUUUCGUGAUUCAUAUCUCAACAUUUUCGGUAACUUUGCUUCAUGCAUUUUGCGAUGAUUGACAGAAGAGAUCGAGAUAACGAUAGCGGGCAAGAAGUAGGAUGGAACGAGAGCGAUUAUUUGUAAUAGCGAUUCAAUGCAACCAUCUGCUUCCAUGUAGCAAUUUAUCGUGCCUUCUGUCGUGGCUGCUUUCGGCGAUUCAUACUUAUUUUUAUAUUUUUCGUGGACUCCUAUUCCUCACCCUUCCCCUCACAUUCCUCAUCCCCGCAUAACGGUACUCUCCCAUUCUCAUCACGCAAUAUAUCCGAACGAGUUCAUAUAAAUGUCUAAAAGUAAAAAUUUCAUUAUCUCGUACUCAAGUAUUAUCGCAUAACACACACAAUAUUAUAUAUAUAUAUAUAUAUAUAUAUAUAUAUAUAUAUACAUAUAGUAUAACUUAUAACUUUGUACUUUUCUUGUAGAUACGAUAUAAUGUCACGUCUAAUUUAAACAAUAAAAUUUACGUUAUUAAAAUGAUGGUGUUCACGUGGUAACCCAUCCAAGGACCCAUCAAAGUUCCAUCAGAAGGGUUGCCUUCUCUAAUCUCAUUCGGGCAACGUUUUCGGAAGUUCUGGUAAUCGGUUCGAUUAAGAGAGAAAUUACGUCGGCGUGUGGGUUCGUAUCAAAGCGUAUAUACGCGCCACGGAUUCGAUCGAUUUUUUAUAAAUUUCCCAUAAUAACUGUAAUCAUGUAAUCUUCCACCCGCAUGUAUUAUCUAUGGCGCCAAAUCCGUGAAAUUUCGGCGCUCGAUUCCAUGAAAUGGAGGUAUGCCGCAAUCGCGAACAUAAAAUCGUUCUAGUCUUCUAGAAAAAUUUAAUGAGAAUCGUUUAUAGUAGAGCAACCCAGCAAUUUCGGCGCUCAGAGAGAGAGCUUGUUUUUAUUGAUUAUGGAAAAACUGCCGCUGUAAUGUAUCAUGUUCAAUGACUGUAUCAAACUUCUUACGGUGGAACAGAUUUUAAACAAAAGAAUCGAUCAAACUUGUCUCACGAAGGAGAAUUGCAUAUAAAAAUUGCAAGCUCUCUGCAAGUGUUUUAAAACAAGGUAUUUUAAUCAUUUAUAUAUUUUAAUCAUUUAUAGGGACGUGAACAAAUAGAUUUCUGUCAAGCUACUAUGUAAAAGCGAACAAUCAGUUUUAUAUAAAAUGUAUGCGUAUAUUUAAAGAAUUGAUAUAUGUAUUUUAUAUUACACAUAUUUUAUUGUUGCUUAACUCUUUCAAUUAUUAGCCAGCCAAACUUCGACAAAGUCGGCGAAAAAAGGAGAAGAGCUGAAUCGUCGCGACGACCGGCACCGUCAUCUUAGACCCGUGCCCCGGGAAAUGUCCCCGGGGCGAGGAUCCACCCACGGAAUUUCAGCCCGUCUGUCGGGGGCCAUCUGUCGAUUCGACGAAUUCGGUUGGUCCGCGCUUCGGGUUUUUCGAAAUCCUCACCGCGGGCCAAAUUACGAGCCCUAAUUAUCACGGAUACGCGAUAAUCGACCCUGGGACGAGCACGGACAUGUUACCCGAAUCCCCGAGGAUAAAUGUAGAUAGGUUUGCGUUCUAUCGAACCCACCUACAAAAUCGGGCCCCCAUAGUUGCGCGUUGCGCAGUCAGGAAUGCCCCCCAAGGCGCGACUCUUCUUCGCUAAUUCUACAUUUUCAUUGCGGUUUGUCCGACGAUAUUUGCCACAGAACAGGCCCUAAAUCGGAUUUUUAGAAUUCCAGACAACUGCUCAGGGUAAAUACUUAUUUCGU